CUGGCCAAGGUUUCGUUAACGCUGUUUUGGGAUGAAAAUUGCAAAUUGGAUUCAGCCAUGUGAUAGCCGUUGAACUUGAUACACUCGCAAAAUGUAGCAUCGUCCAGGGACGUUUUGCUAACUUAGGCUCCUGGCUGAGGAAAAUUUCUCAAGAAAAAUAUUUAACCUAGGAAACUUUGCACUAACUUUGCCCUGCGGAAAUGGCGUGCCCCGGCGCUCUGAUUUUAUAGACACCUUCAGAUCUAGACUUGAAGUUAUGAGCGGGCUACUGGAAACUGGAAGUUCACCAUCGGAAGUGGAAAGCUUAGACCUGGAUGAAGUGAGUUUUUUAAAAUGUCGUUCCACAUAUUAAUAUUACCUUAAGAUACAUCUCACGUUUAAUUCGACCAAUAGCUAUACAUGUAUCUAAAACUUCACCAACACUAUCAAUAUUACUCAAAAUUACCCGCUCUUACUCCUGUUAACUAAAGCUCAACCACUAUUAUUAAGCUUGUCUUGUUUGAAAAAACUCCUUAAUUACAAUAUUAUGCAAGUGUUAUCAGAUAUUUUUUUUCCAUUUAAUCAAGACGUGGUGAGACUGCAAAAUCAAUUAGCUUUUGACAGUUUAAUUAUCUGUCUGGGCCCAUUUGAUUAAAGGGUAGACGAGGCUAUCCAAAGGAAAAAUCACUUUCUGACAGAGAAGUGAUGGAAAAACAUGCUAUGCUAUCCGUGGGUAGGGUUAUCCAAUCUUGGAACAAGUCCGGGGCUUGGUAUAAACAAUAAAUCAUUCCAUAUUUUUGUAAGGGGGUUUAUGUGGUUACUGGUUCCAAAGCCAGAAAUCAAGACCUCAGAGCACUAUUACUGCUCCAUCCUUUUGAUGUAUUAAAACUCCCUCUUUCUCUUUGGGUGUCAAAUUAUCAAACCUUCUUAUGUUGUGUAUAAUGCAAGAGUUUCAUGAAAAUCCAGUUGCUGGUGGUCUACUACUGACUAUUUAGCCUGUAAGCAGGCUCACUUGUUUGGGUUUUGCCUUAGGGUACUGCCAUCUACCUCACCACUGGAAAAAAGUUAUUGAAACCCAUGUAAUGAAACGCCUGGUGAGUUGGAUGUUUUAAAUGAACUUUUUUUCUCCUUUUAUUUUUCAUAGGAUUCCAGCUUGGAGUCUAGUAUUGUGAAUGAGCUGAUUGAUGAGGCCAUUGUCGGUGUUUGUUUAGACAUUCAUCGUUCUGUUAAACAAGGAGUGUACAGUGUCCUUGAGCAAUCAGAUGAAAAAAUGUUAGUGUCAUCUACUUUUGCCCUUACAUAUUUUGUUGUACACCGCUCACUUGUAAUUUUAAGACAGUUAGUAGUUGAGGAGAGGUGCAAGGGCAGGAUAGUCAGUGACUUUGGGUUAAGAUGUUGGAGUGGUAGACCUUGCUGGGUCAUUGUGUUGUGUUGUUGGGCAAAAUGCUGUACUCUCAGAGUGCCUCUCUCCAACCAGGAUUAUGAAUGGGUGGCGGCAAAUUUUCAGGGAAGCCUGAUAAAAUGCUGGGGGAUAACCUUGCAAUGGACUAGCUUCCCAUCCAGGGGAGAGUAGUAAUACUCCUAGUAACUUUAUCCAACAUGGAAUCUGGGAUAAGCUGUGGCUGGAUGGGCCAAUAGGCUUGAGUACAGACUUCACCUUUACUUCAAGGUGUAAUGUAAUUAAAAUCGUAACAAUUGGUUUCUGAAACAGACAAGCAACAACAAGCAAAUUAACUCCCAAGAUGAUAUGCUUAAUAACUAGAUUUUGGCUGAACAAGGUGAUUGAAGACCAUACUUCCUUGAAUAAGCACCUGGGUGCUUGUUCAAAAUUUUGGCGAAAGGGUUGUGGGGGGGAGGGGGAGGGGGAGGGGGGCAUGCUUAUUCAAGAGAGGGCUUUGAUCAAAGCAAGGGCACUUAUAUGAGAAAAAUAUGGUAUUCUGAUAAAGGGAGUGGGACCAAGUGCAUGAGGGGUACCACUAAAAAUUACUUCCAACAGUUUGUUAUUCACUGGUGAACAGAAAAGUAGACAGGGGUAAAGGGGCCUGUUGUCAUAGGAAACAAUUCUUCUUGUGUCAAUUCUGAGAGGAAUGAGAGGUUUCAAAAGGAAGCAUUGUUUAUGCAACUGUAUCUGUUAGGUUGUGUGGUUAAAAUACAGUGAUUUGCUUAUGAAAUAGCUUUAUAUCUGGGAUCUAAGAAUGAUUUGUGAGGAUUUCAAGAACUAACAGUAUGUGUAUUCAAUUAAUGUAUUAUUAAAUUUACCAUUACAGCUCUAAAAUAAUUCUGUUAGCUUAAGUUCCUUAUUCGAUAGCUUGCUGAAUGCUAAAUGUUUUCAUAUUUACUUUGUUUUUCAUGUUCUUUCUGUGAUCAGUAUGAAACAGUUUGGUAAGUAUUCUAACUUGGAAACUGCUUCUUGUUCAAGUUUUUUGUGGCUUUUUUUAGUCCUCAAUGUCAUGUUACAAUAAAACACAAAGUGUAAUUAUUCUUAUCUAUACAAAAGUAGCCUGCUGGAAAACAAUUUAACAGAGCACUUCUCAUUUAUUACUUUUCUCAGUAAUAAUAUUAAUAACUGUCUGGUGUUGACCUUAUAUUAUCUUUUUACUUGUCCUUGGUUGACUAAAGUGUGGAUAAGGCUAUCCACUUGAUAAAGGGGUAAGUUUUUAGAGACGUUGUGGUGCUACAUCAGUGGGGAGUAUAACAGGGUAAUUUAGGAUUAUCGACUUAGUUGAUAAAGAAAAUUGGCCACCAUUAGGGGUUUCAAAGCUGAUGUUUCAAGUGUUAGCCCUUUGCCAUUUCUCUGAUGAAAGUUUAAUGCUUGAAAUGUCAGCUUUUAAACUCUUUAUAGUGGCAUAUUUAUGUUAUCAACUCAGUUGAUAAUACUCAAUUACCUUAUCUGCUGGAUAAAUCUCUGUGAUGUAGAUAGGGCAGUACAUUUUGGUGACACUCGUUCCCUGGAAAGCGAUUUAUCUGUUGGAUAGCAUUAUCUGCCCUUUCAACAAGUUGGCCCGGUUGUUCAAGAUGUGAUGCCUCUUUUCUUCUCUUAUAUGUGUAUUGUUUUGUUUUAACCCUUGAACUCCCAGAAGUGAUUAACAUGUAACUUCUCCCUAUUAUAUCCAUACUUUAUCCAGCAAAGAGAUAAUGAGAAUUCUCAAACUUAUCAGGUAGAUAUCUUUGUCUUGAUCUUACACCAAAUUCUCAUAACUAAUUUACAGGGAAAUGUGUAGCAGCUAGAGGGGAGAAAUAACAAUCAGAUCUUGGGAGUUAUAGGGUUAAUACAUAGAAAACUAUGAUUUGACUGAAAGGGCUUCUAACUAAAUUAUUUGAUUCAAGGGUGAUAUUUUUAGGAGAAAUUGUAGGCCAAUCAAUCUUAAGGUGUCUACUGUACAAUUUAAUGAUGAUAGUUUGGAGAAUUUUGUUGUGGAUCAACUAAUAAUCCUUUAAUUGAUAUUUUACUUUGUUUUCAUCACAUCUGCCUGAUGUUGCAAUGCUAUGGUGACAAGAAAUUAUUUCUUGGUCACUCAUGGGAAUUAAGUCCCCUUUUUUUUAAUUCAUUAUCGCAGAAGUGGUGGACCGUGAUGGUUUGGAUGUGUUUGGGCAGGGACCACUAAAGAAACAGGUUGAGUGCAUUUGUCCCAGCUGUCAGAGGAACAUGGCUGCUAACAGAUUUGCCCCUCACCUAGAAAAAUGCCUAGGAAUGGGUCGUAACAGCAGCCGACUGGCCAGUAGGAGGUUGUAUGAAUGAAUUAUUCAAUUAUCUUAUUUAAAUUUGUUAUUUGAACACUGCAUACUGCUCAAAUUAGUUCAGUUGGUACAAAAUUAUUGCUUAUUUUAGGUAAUGGAAAUUUCUGUUGGGAACCAAUUUUUGGGAUUUUCUGUGUAAGUCUCUGAACAAUAAAGGAAAGAAACUGAAUUUAGGGAAUGGUUAUACAAUUUUUUAAAGGUAAUUUUCAAACUAGCAAAGGGAUGUUCUGCCAUAGAUCAUUUGGGGAGUGAUGGAUAUUUCCAAUGAGUUGGAUUGCAAGGUUUUGUAGUAGGAUUUUUUUAACCAUUUGACAGAGGGAAGAAAAUAUGUGAAUUUCUGGUCAUUUUUUUUGUAGUAGUAUUGUCAGCUGGAACUCAAACCUGCUGAUCAAGAACAAUUUGCAAAAUCUGAAAAAAAAAUUGUUAUAUUUGGCUUGUAGACUGUCUCAUCAAGAGAACCUGUAGCAUAAGGGUACUGUUUGAAAAUUUAGAUGGAUUCAUCUAUGAAAAAUGAAAUGGGACCAUUAGAGGUCACAGUUUUGCCAUUGACAUUAAUUUACAGGACUUGUCCAUAAAAAAUGGUCACUGAUUAAUAAGAUUUAAGUUUAAGUUUCCCAUCUUGUGUCAUUUUUCCAGGCUUGCAACCACAGGCAAACUGAUUGAUGGAGAUGAUGAUGACGACAACUACUUUGACGAUGACUGGACUUGGAAUUCAGACAGAAAACCAGGUUUGUUGGGACUUGUUUCCACUUCUUUGAGGCAUAUAUUGGUUACCUUUUUUAGUAUUCAAGUACAAUGAACAUGCUGCUUUUCACAAAUGUAAUGAGUUUUCAAGGGUUAACAAGAAAAAAAUUUUUUUUUUCACUUUGCAGGAAAGAAGAAUAAGAGAGACAGGGUAAGCUUUCAAACGGUAAUGACUUUUUAAGCAGCUAAGUAAAUGGAAUUUAUUAUUUUAAUUAUAUAUUAUAUUAUUAUUUAGCAAAUUCAAAUUCAAGGUAUCUGUUUCAUAACACAUGAAAAGCUAAUGAGGAGUGGAAGGGUUUUUCCAUUUUUAAUGUCAUAGCUUAAUCCUUUAACUCCCAAGAUCUGAUUGUUAAUUCUCCUCUCUAGCUGUUACACAUUUCCUUGUAAAUAAGUCAUAAGAAUUUGGUGGUAGAUCAAGACUACUCACUUUUACCUGAUAAGUUUGAGUAUUCUCAUUACAUAUUGGCUGGAUAACGUGUGGAUGUUAUAGGGAGAGGUUACAUGUUAAUCACUUAUGAGAGUUAAAUGUAGGAAAGGAAGGGGUGGCCUCUUUUAACCCUUCAACUCCCAGGAGUGAUUAACAUGUUACUUCUCCCUUCAAUAUUCAUACAUUAUCCAGCAAACAGGUAAAGAGAAGACUCAAACUAAUCAGGUGGAAGAUGUUAUCUUGAUUUAACGUGAAAUUCUCAUGACUUAUUUACAAGGAAAUGUGUAACAUUUAGAAGGGAGAAUUAACAAUUAGAUCUUGGGAAUUAAGGGUUAAUUGGUUACUACCCAAGUCUUACUUUAUUGCUAUCAAAAUUGUUCUGUCUUUCAAGGGAAAUUCACCCAGGAGAGCAAAAGCCCCCAGGAAGAAUGGUAUGUGAAAUAAUUACUAAUUUUAAGUUCAGUUUGUGGCUCUGUUGCACAUUUUAAAAAAAUGUAAGGUAGAGUCUUGCUCAUUGCCUUGUAUCACUUCAGUUGAGUUUUUUCUUUAUUCUUUUUGGUCUUAAGGUGAAGCUGGUACACCACGUCCAGGCACGCCUAGUUCUGUUCACAGUGGCGAAUUACCAGCAACCAGGGUAAAAUUCAGCUUAUUUAUGUUGCAAUACUGUGUAGAAUAUUUUGAGUAAAGCAGGAAAUAAUUUUUUGAAAGUUUAAUAUGUUGAUUCAGUUUUUGUAUUUUGUAGACUGGACUCACUGUGGCUGCCUUUGAACCCCUUGGAAAUGGUGUGUACAGUAAUUAGGGGUAGAUUAUGGGCUCUAGAUUUCAGUUGCAUGUUCACUGAUGAGGGAUAUGCUACGAUAAACUAUCACACAUUGAAAUCUCAUGAUUUAAGGGGGGUUAUCCUCAGUUUACCCCUCUCCCCCUUGGUAAUUUUGCAAGACUCCCCCUGACAGUUCAUCAGUGCCCAUUCUCCACUCAGGAAUGUACCCCUGGGUGGAAGAUUGCACUGAAAGAAAGAAGAGUUUUUCCAAUCAACACAACAAAAUCAUUCAGCCAGUGCUUGUAUGUGUGCCUAUGGGUCCAGUGGUCAGAAUGUUAGCCAUUACACACUUCGUUAUUUUUCUCCCAUAACUGCAAAAGAAGCUGACCAAAUUUUGGUGGUGAUUGCUACCUUUUGAAUGAGCUGACAAUGUCUUUCCCAAUAAUUUGGAAAAGUUGUGUUUGUCUUUAUGAUAACAUGAACUGUUUCGAUUAUAUUUUUCAGAGGAGAAGAAGAGCCUUCUUUCCCAGGUGUGUACAUUUACCUUAGGAAAUUCAAGUUAUUUCACACACUACCUGUGCCUUACCUUUCUCUAAACAUCAAUAAUUUAUAUUUGAUAUAAUUAUUUUCAAAACAUUACCUUACAAUACAGAGCAAAAUGAAACAAAAUCACCAACUUUAGUAUAGUACGUACAAUGUGUUUUCAGUAAUACAUUACUUACAAUAAGGAUUUAUUUUUCAAACAGCUUUCAAUCCAAGUACAAUACUGCUUACAUGGUAAUACUUACAGGUCUAACUUGAUGAUACUAAAAACCUUCCUUCAGAAGAAUGUAUACAAGGAUAAUCUUCCUCUAACUCGAUCUUUGUUUCGUUAUUAUGUAACUAUUUGUUUUGCAGACGUGUGGUGUAAUAUCAGAACAUACAGCACGCAUGUGCACAAGGUAAAUUUAUUUUUUAUGAGAUUGUAUUACAAAUAAAGGACUUGAAACAAAGUGCUAUGUUUGGUCUAUAGUAGUUUUUGAACUUGCCGAAGAGAGAGUGUUUGUUUGGCAUCAGAGAGGAGAGAAGUACCAAAAUUUCAAUAACAUGAACUAUUGUUUAUACAGAUGUCCGGGGAGAACAUUCCAUGUGCUUCUACACUAUUCUCUUCUUUGUUCAUUUCCUGGCAAAAAGUUACAAGAAGCUGUAGUUGAUUUUUGGCAUGUGUCUAAUUUUUUUGGAGAGACGAACAUCCAUCUUAAAUUAAUUCCUAUUGUUAGUUUCUGCCUUGUUUUGGAGGAAUAAUAUUCCCCAAAAACUUAUAAUUGCAGUCUUUUUUAUGCAAAGAAUCUCGAACCUUCUUUUACACUCGUUAAUCCUUUUUAUUGAUCUACAAUGUUUAUCUUUGUUGCAAUGUUCUCUUAGAUCUCAUCGAUGUCCGCAGCAUUCAGAUGAACAGAGACAGAAUGUCCGUCUACGACUUUUAGGUACUUAAUACGUGUGCAAUGAUAUGCUGUUUCUCUCAACACUUGCCUCACUUCUGAAAUCAAGAAAUGCUGUUAUGAGAAAUGACGUCUUUACAGAUGUGGUGAAAUUGUAUUUUAACAGAGGAAAAAUAAUUGAUCACUGAGCUAAGUGCAUAGCCCCACUAAGCCUGCGAGUUGGUCAGCGUUAUAAGCAUUUCGGCACGAGUCCUCGAGCAGCGUGAGCCGGCGAGAGGUCAUUAGUGCCAGACCCCAGGCAAACCUCUCCUCGACUUGUCUUAAAUCUUCCCGCGAGAGGGGAAACGCGUGUCCUGCGUGUCGCCAAGUUUUGCUAUCUGAAACUGUUAUAUGGUGAUCUCUAUUUCGUAUAUGUUUUUGGACACCUUUUUUAAUUGAAAUGAAACUUUCAAAAGUUAGAAAAGAAAUAUCUCGUAGCAUGAUGGUUACUAGACGUUUGAUUUUGUUUUCGUGCAGGUUAUGCAGAAUUUGAACCCAUUGUAGGAAGGUGAGGAUGCAGUGGGUAUAACGACACAUCCCUAUGUAAUUAUAGCUCUCUAAAUUUGAUAACUUGAAGAAAUUUAAACUGGCACUCGCUGCCUCAAACUCCUCCUAGAGUCGUAUGGUCUUUUGGCAUAGUUUUACUUUUGUAUGUCGACGUAAUUUUUGUCACUUUGAAAUUCUAUUACGAAAUUAAUUUAGUACCUAUUUGUCCCUUCUUUCUUUUGUAUUUACAUAUCUUUAUUUGUCCAGGAGUUCACUGGAAGCUGAUGAUGUGAUUGGUAAGUAUUUAUCUUCACAUAUCGAAAAAGUUUGUUUUACAAGACCGUCGUAAUAUUCUUUGCGCGCAGUCAUCCUUCUACUUCUUGUUUGUAGGUUCGAAUUUAGUCCUAAACAACCACUUGUAAUUGUCAGGUGACGUGCUUUCAGGCUGUCAGAACCUAGUUCUCUUGCAGAAGUUAUAAAACAACCACACUGGCCUAUAAGUCACAGUGUUUUAAAGCUGAAAACUGUUUAAGCCGUUUGACAGCGGUGGUUUCUUUUAUUUUCCGUGCAAUUUGGCGCGCGGCUGGAAAACAUGUCAGGGUCCUUUGCCAAAUUUGUACCACGUGCGAAAAAAUUUUUCCAAUAGUCAGGUUACUCUUUGGAACCUCCAAACGCGGUCUGUGACAUAAGUUCGUAUGCCUUUUGAGGGAGGGGGUGGGGGGCAAAAUGAAGUUGAACUAAAGUUUGGUGAAAUAGCCCCUUGUAACUUGCGUCAUAAACAUAACUUAUUUCUUUUUGUACUAACAGAUGUUGACAGCUAUGAGGAUGGUGAUGGACAAGCCUUGAGAGAUACUUUGAACAGGUUUAACUCUUUGAAUUUCCACCGAUUAAGUCGAGGUGGUCUGAUACACAUUUACAACAUACAUUUCUGGAGCUUGUACUGAUAAAAGUUUUGUGUACGCUGAACAAAUUCUCUAUUUUCAUUUAAAGGUUAUCAUGGGAGGAAGAAUCGAAUGUUUCGACAGGCGACGACAACUCACCCGCUGGUAAGAAUUUUUACAAUUUCGUCCCGUUUGAGUAAUAAUCGUAUUCAAAAAAUUCCCUCUGUUUGUUUCUUAGCAUUUGGAAGCGUACCUCUUUCGAAAAAGAAGAGAAAGAAAAAAGCAAAACACAAAAGACGUCCCAGAUGA